AGCAGAACCCUGUUUUGGGCUCAGCUUGCUUGAAAGGCAAGAACUUGCCAUGAAUGCGUCGCAAUGGCGGCAUCUCCGAGUGAACUUGUUCGGAGUCCUGGCGGCUGCGGGCGCUGGCAGUUGGAGUUUCGGUGUCUCAAGCUACACCUUCUCUCUAACGAACACGGCUUCUCUCUUCCCCUUUAGAAGACACUCAGGUUUUGUCACGACGGCUUCACAUGCAUUUGCCAAUGAAGCUUUGCAUCGAUCUUGGAGAACUGUUGCGUUGAUGGCUGCCUUCUCAGGAUCAACACUCUUGAGGCCAAGGCAUGUGCAAAGACGAGCAAUCUCCCAAAAAACUGAUCCGAGCAACGACGAGCCAGAUGCCGGAUUCACUUUGGACCCUCCCAGUGGCACACGUGACUUCUUCCCUGAGAAAAUGCGGAUGCAACGGUGGCUUUUUGAUCGGUUUCGAGAGACGGCGCAAUCGUAUGGUUUCCAAGAAUAUGAUGCUCCAGUUUUAGAGCAUGAAGACUUGUACAAACGCAAGGCUGGGGAGGAGAUUACUGAGCAGAUGUAUAAUUUUCGGGAUAAAGAAGGUGCAGCGGUCACCCUUCGACCAGAGAUGACACCUUCGCUUGCAAGGAUGGUUCUGUCGCUAAUGCGAGCAGAGACAGGUGCCAUUGCUGCAGUGCUUCCCCUGAAGUGGUACUCCAUUCCUCAGUGCUGGCGCUUUGAAACCACACAAAGAGGUAGGAAGCGGGAACACUAUCAAUGGAAUAUGGACAUUGUAGGUGUAUCCGAGGUCACGGCUGAAGCCGAGCUCCUUUCAGCAGUAGUUAGUUUUUUCGAAAACGUCGGCAUCACGUCCAAAGAUGUCGGGCUGAGAAUCAACUCUCGCAAGGUUCUGGGUGCCGUGCUAAACACAGCGGGGGUGACGUCUGACAAGUUUGCAGAGACCUGUGUCAUCAUUGACAAACUGGAUAAGAUCGGUGCGGAUGCUGUGAAACAGGAGCUGUCCAAACAGGUUGGUUUGUCGACAGAGGUGGCUGAUACUAUUGUCGCAGCGACCGGGGCCAAGACGCUUGAGGAGUUUGCCGACAUUGCCGGAGUUGGCGAAAGUGCCGAAGUGCAGGAGCUGCGGCGCCUCUUUGCUCUUGCAGAAGAUUAUGGCUUUGCUGACUGGCUGCAGUUUGAUGCUUCUGUGGUUCGGGGCUUAGCCUACUAUACUGGUGUGGUCUUUGAAGGCUUUGACAAAGCUGGUGUUUUGCGUGCUGUAUGCGGCGGUGGGCGCUAUGACAAACUGCUGGAGCUGUAUGGCUCAAAGAAAGAAGUCCCCUGUGUGGGCUUUGGCUUUGGGGAUUGCGUGGUGAUGGAGUUGUUGAAAGAGCGAGGAGUUCUCCCAGAACUAGGUCCCAAUGUAGAUAUGGUCGUGGCUGCAUACAAUGCUGAUAUGAUGGGAAAGGCAAUGAAUGUUGCACGACGGCUCAGGCAAACGGGCAAGAGUGUUGAUGUCUACCCAGAGGCAGCCAGAAAGGUGAAGAAGGCCUUCCGAUAUGCGGACAAAGUGGGCGCUUCUAGAAUUGCCUUCGUGGCACCAGAUGAAUGGGAACGAGGGGAAGUUCGUAUCAAGGACCUACGCUGUGCAGCAGACACUCCAAACGACAAGAAGCAGUGCGAUAUCCCACUUGACAAGCUUGGGGAGAUAGAUAACUUUUUCUCUUGAGACUUUGGCAA